AUCCGAUCGCAUUGCAUCGCACCGCAUCGCAUCGCAUCGCACCGUAUCGCACCGUCCCGCCUCGCCCCCGAGCCCCUGCACAAUAUCCUGCAAUUCAUCUGAAGCCAUGUCCGACGACGCUGUUGCGCUUUUUCAGGCCAUCGGUCUCUCUGAGCAGAAGGCAAAGGAGACGGCUGCCAACAAGAAGCUCUCUCCGAACCUGGUUCUGGUCAUCAAGGAGGGCGGCGCAGAGACUGGAGUCGAAAAGUCGGUUGGAGCUCUCUACUACAACCUCGCAUCGACGGUCACCAAAAAUGCCGUUGCCCAUCUCCCGUACCUUGCCCGAGCCGUGCGGGACGCUCGUCUGACCACCAACGAUCAGGUCUCAGCGGCCAUCAAGUUUGCCGAAGCCGCCAAGGGAGAUAUCGACGACGGCGAGUUCGAUGCCGCCUGUGGCGUGGGUAUCGUCGUUACCCAGCAGGAGAUUGUUGAGACCGUCACCAAGUUUAUUGAAGAGCGACGAGAAGAGCUCGAGCAGAAGCGGUACCAGAUGCUCGGCUCUCUGAUCAGCGGUCUGCGUCAGACGCCCGAACUCCGAUGGGCCAGCUCGGUUGCCGUGAAGGAGGAGAUUGACAAGCAAGUGCUCCAGAUUCUGGGUCCGAAGGACGAGCGCGACGACCCCAAGGCCAAGAAAAAGGCCGAGAAGAAAGACGUCAAAGCCCCUGCUGCGGCAACCAAAGAGAAGCAGGCCAAGACCGAGACCGCCGCCGCCGCGUCCAAGGAAGGCCGGGUUGCCGAGGCGGCCAAGAGCCUCAAGUACGUCUUCGAGGGCGAGCUUGCGCGCCUGCACAAGCCCGGAGGCAAUCCCCAGAUCCAUCCCAAGCUGAUGGAGGAGCAUCUCAAGCGCACGGGCGGCAAGGUUGUGACCCGAUUCCCUCCCGAGCCCAACGGAUUCCUGCACAUUGGUCACGCCAAGGCCAUCAACAUCAACUUUGGGUAUGCCCUUGCCCACGAAGGCAUCACCAACCUUCGCUACGACGACACCAAUCCCGAGGCCGAGGAGGAGAAAUACUUUGUGUCGAUCCUGGAGACCAUCAAGUGGCUUGGCUUUGAGCCCAGUGCGAUCACAUAUUCGUCCGACCACUUCCAGCGGCUGUACGAUCUGGCUGUCGAGCUGAUUAAGCGCGACAAGGCUUACGUCUGCCACUGCACUGGCGAAGAGAUCCACGCGAUGCGCGAGGCCAAUCCCCGCAUCGAAUGCGCGCAUCGCAGCCGCCCCGUUGACGAGUCGGUCCGCGAGUUUGUCAAGAUGAAGGAGGGCCGCUAUGGCGAGGGCGAGGCGAUCUUGCGCAUGAAGAUGGACAUGCAGAACCCUAACCCCCAGUUCUGGGACCUGGUCGCUUACCGUGUGAUGUUCACCCCGCACCACCGCACCGGCAACGCGUGGUGCGUCUAUCCGACCUACGACUACACACACUGUCUGUGCGACUCGUUUGAGGAUAUCACCCAUUCGCUCUGCACGGUCGAGUUCCAGCUGUCGCGCGAGUCAUACUACUGGCUCGUUGACGCCCUGGAGCUGUACAAGCCCGUGCAGUGGGAGUACGGUCGACUCAACAUCACCAACACGGUGCUGUCCAAGCGCAAGAUCACCAAGCUUGUGGACGAAGGCAUCGUCGGCGGCUGGGACGACCCGCGCCUGUACACACUCCCUGGUCUGCGCCGCCGAGGCUUCCCGGCCACAGCCAUCAACGCCUUUGUGCGCGAGCUGGGCGUGACGACUUCAAACACAGUCAUCCCUGUCGAGCGCCUCGAGAACUAUGUGCGCGAUCACCUCAACGAUGUGGCCCCGCGUCUCAUGGUGUUGCUGGAGCCCCUCAAGAUCACGCUGACCAACCUGAGCGACGACUACCUUGAGGAAGUGACCGUGGCCAACAAGCCCCGCGACGAGUCCAUGGGCUCGCACACCGUCCCAUUCUCCAAGACAGUUUACAUUGACGCCUCGGAUUUCCGCGAGCAAGACGAUCCCAACUUUUACCGCCUGGCGCCGGGCAAGUCCGUGGGCCUGCUGAACGUGCCCUUCCCGAUCACGGCCAACAAGGUGGUCAAGGACUCGAGUGGCCGGAUCGUGGAGAUUCUCGCAACAUACGAGAACAGCAAGGCCGACUUCAAGAAGCCCAAGACCUACAUCCACUGGGUGGGCGAGUCCAAGAAGCACAACAGUCCCGUCAAGGUCCAGGUGAACCUGUACAGCAACCUGUUCAAGCACUCGAACCCCGCCGACAACCCCGACGGCUGGCUGGCCGACAUCAACCCAGACUCGCUCAGCGUCAUCCCCGAGGCAUACGCCGAGAUCGGCAUCCGCGGCGCCCGCAUUGAGGACUCGUUCCAGUUUGUGCGUGUGGGCUACUUUAGCGUCGACCCCGAUUCGGACGUGAAGAAGGGGCGAUAUGUUGUCAACCGAACGGUUGGCCUGAAGGAAGAUGCCAAGAAGAACUAGUGAUGCUGCACUUGAGUGUAGACUAUGGCGGCUCUGACUGGAAUUUGAAUAUGAUUGUCGGGACGCGGUUUUACAGAACCCAUGAUCGGCAGCACAUUUGCCACGGGGGUGUAGAUAGGGCGUUUGAGGGAUGAGAUCGGGGCCGUGUAGCCUUGGGUGCGAUGUGCACUGAUGGAAAUGGCGGGCUUUGUGGACGAGCACUGCGACUCUGGGGACUGGCCGCUGCGAACGAUGGCAGAAACUGAAUGUAUUCACGAUCGAUCCAGACAGAG